UGGAGCCUUGGCGGUUUUCUGUCACGGUUGUGCUCCCCCAGUUGGACUAUUGAUGAGAAUCUCUUCGUGUACGAUUGCAGCAGUGCAGAGAAACAGCCCUUAGGAGAGAAGGGGCAGGAUGGAAAAGGGACAGAUAAAGGAAGUGAUGACAUCCUGGCUUUUGCCUUCUCCCCAUCAGGAGAUUAUUUUGCCCUGACAGACGACAACAAACGCCUGAUUCUGUUCCGUACCAAGCCUUCCUGGGAGUGUGUUAGUGUCAGGUUUGUGAACAGGAGAUGCACAUCCCUGGUUAUCACAGCUGCAGAGGAUAAGAUUUUUGUUGCAGAUAAGUCUGGUGAUGUCUAUUCUUACUCAAUAACAGAACCUCAAGCAGAUGGAAAACUUGAGCUGGGUCAUGUCUCUCUGCUAUUGGAUGUGGCCCUGAGUCCUGAUGACCGGUAUAUCCUAACUGCAGACAGAGAUGAGAAGAUCAGAGUCAGCUUGACAAAGGCUCCCUACAGUAUUGUAUCCUACUGCAUGGGACACAGAGAGUUUGUAAGCAAAAUAUUUGUAAUACCCAACUGUCCUGACCUGCUGUUGUCAGCUUCUGGGGACUCCACUCUGAGACUCUGGGAGUAUAAAAGUGGAGAAGAAGUGCACUGCUGUCAGCUGAGUACCAUCUGUGGGUCUCAGGCAACCAAACCAGACCAGAAAUACACUGUAUCAAGAAUAACCUACUGCUGUCAAGGUGGUUAUGUUGCCAUUCUGUGUGACAGUAUUCCCACAGUCUACAUCUUUCAGCUUGAUGCCACUGCCCAGCAGCUGGUUUACAAACAGCAGAUCCCUCUGAAACACAAAGGCUGGGACAUUGCAUUUGAGGAAACAGGAGACCUGUGGAUUUUGCAGGAAGACAAGGAAGCUCCACUUCUUUUGUACAGAGCAUGUGAUGGACAGUGGGAGGCUGUAACUGAUGACAAAGGAUUACAGAAGAUGUCAAAAUACAUUCAGGACAACUGGACAGUGUUUGAAGGUUUUGUUGGUGCAGAGAGCUACUACAGCCACCUCUACAAGGCCUCCUUUGAUAACAUGGAUGAGUACCUGCAGAGGAAGGAGGAGAGGUUGCAGCAGCAGAAGAAGAAAAGGCAGGAUCUGCAGCAUGGCUCCAGUGGGCAGGCAAAAAAAAAGGUGAAGACAGAAGAGCCAUCCCUAUGACUGCUGUGAGCUUGUGACCUUUGCCUUGAGGAAGGGAAGUGAUCCAACUGGGGACUUUUUACAUAAAAAGUGAAUUAUGCAAAAGGACUGGUUUAAAGUUUUAUUCAGGUUUUCAGGCAGGCUGAUCUGACAAUAUCCUGUUUGCACCAAAUAAUACAUUUACAACAUACCUACACUUUCCAGCAGAAUACAGUGUUAGUGGCUCAGUCCUGGGAAUCUCUGAUGCAUGUUAUAUGAAUAUUGGAGAUGGCAUUUUCCUUGAAACAGGAU